GAAAGUCGUCCAUUGUUAUUUAUCCAAAGACUCGAGUUGCACGCGGUUGAGUUCUCUCGACGCCGUGUUCGUCUGAUUUUUAGUUGAUUCUCUUUACUCCAGUGAUUAUCGUACAAAUUACGAAGAAAUGUCGACGGUAGCAAGUACUCUGGCGGUCGGUGGCACCCGGCAAUCCGGUGCUCCGGUUCGCACUCAAAAUGUGAUGGCUGCAUCAGCUAUUGCAAACAUAGUCAAAAGUUCAUUAGGACCAGUUGGCCUGGACAAAAUGCUUGUUGAUGAUAUUGGUGAUGUAACAAUUACUAAUGAUGGAGCGACUAUUCUCAGAUUAUUAGAAGUUGAACAUCCCGCAGCAAAAGUUUUGGUUGAACUUGCACAGCUGCAAGAUGAAGAAGUUGGAGAUGGUACCACAUCAGUUGUUAUUAUCGCUGCAGAAUUACUUAAAAAUGCGGAUGAACUUGUUAAACAGAAGAUUCAUCCAACCUCUGUAAUUGGUGGUUACAGAUUGGCUUGCAAGGAAGCUUGCAAAUAUAUUCAAGAACACUUGACAGUUAGUGUAGAAGAACUUGGCAAGGAUUGUUUGAUUCAAGUAGCCAAAACUUCAAUAUCUAGUAAAAUUAUCAAUGCUGACUCAGAUUUUUUCGGUAAUAUGGUAGUGGAUGCUGCAAACGCUGUCAAAAUCAAUGAUGGCAAAGGAGGUUUUGUUUACCCUAUUAACGCGGUUAAUGUCUUGAAAGCCCAUGGUAAAAGUGUUCGGGAGUCAGUCCUUGUUCCUGGUUAUGCUCUUAACUGCACAGUUGCCUCUCAAUUGAUGGUUAAGAAAAUUACCAAUGCUAAGAUUGCUUGCUUGGAUUUCGGAUUGAUGAAAGCUAAGAUGAAACUUGGUGUUGAAGUACUUAUCAAUGAUCCAGAGAAACUUGACUCUAUCCGUCAGCGAGAAUCUGACAUUACUAAGGAACGCAUACAGAAAAUUUUGGCUACCGGAGCAAAUGUCAUCUUCUGCACUGGUGGAAUUGAUGACUUGUGCCUUAAGUAUUUCGUUGAUGCCGGAGCAAUGGCUGUGCGUAGAUGUAAAAAAUCAGAUUUGAAGCGUAUCGCCAAGGCAACUGGUGCUAGUUUCACGACUUCUUUGAUUAAUAUGGAAGGCGAGGAAAUCUUCGAAGCUAGUAAUCUUGGAGAAGCCUCUGAGGUGUACACAGAACAGAUUUGCGACGACGAAUUGAUCAUCAUCAAAGGACCAAAAGCUAGGACAGCCAGUUCGAUCAUCUUGCGUGGACCCAACGAUUUCUACUGUGACGAAAUGGAGCGCUCCGUGCACGAUGCUUUGUGUGCAGUGAAACGAGUUCUCGAGAGCAAGAGUGUAGUCGCUGGAGGUGGUUGUGUCGAGGCGGCACUUUCUAUCUAUCUUGAGAACUUUGCAACUUCAUUGAGUUCUCGAGAACAACUUGCAAUCGCUGAGUUCGCUCGUUCACUGUUGGUCAUUCCCAAGACACUGGCUGUCAAUGCGGCGCAGGACGCCACAGAUCUUGUUGCCAAGCUGCGAGCUUACCAUAAUUCCAGCCAAACAGUCGUCGAUCAUGCUCACCUCAAAUGGGUUGGACUAGAUUUGUAUGAGGGCACGAUCAGAGAUAAUAAGAAGGCGGGAGUUCUUGAGCCGGCUGUUUCAAAAAUUAAAUCUCUCAAGUUUGCAACUGAAGCUGCUAUCACGAUCCUACGAAUCGACGACAUGAUCAAGCUGGACCCAGAAAAGAAGGACAAGUCAUACGGCGAUGCCAUGCAGUGUGGCGAGCUUGAUGAUUGAGUCUAUUUAAAAUAUUAAAUGAUUAUCGAUUAGUUUAUUACUCCGCUAACAGACUGUUUUUUAUCAUCAACUUUUUAUAAAAAUCAAAAUCCAGGAUCUCGGUUUUUACAUGAUUGCAAGAGUUUGGAUGAUCGACGGAUGUUUGUUAAUUUCUUUAGCCAUUACACGGAACAAUCGAAUCAACUAUCUUGUACGUACUUGGCGAAUAAUUAACUGGUUGCAACGAAGUGAACAUGCUUAUUCAUAAUACACAUGUACUAUUAAUAGAUGGUCUUUUGAAAUAAAGCUUAUUUCAUUACUCA